AUGGCGCGGCCCACGUGGCUGGACAUCGUCCCCUCCGCCCGCCUGCUGCGCCGCGGGACCCCGCCGCCGGCCUCGCUUGCCCGCGGCCUGUCCGAGUACGGCUUCGCGGUGCUGCGCGUCACCGCGGGGGACGCGGCGCUGUUCCGCCGCUGCGCCGCGGCCUUCGCGCGCCGCCUCUUCCUGGCGCUGCCCGGGGAGGCGAAGGCCCGGCUGCGCGACGUGGACGGCGGCGGCACGCUCCGCGGGUGGAACAGGCCCUCGGCCGCCAAGGAGGUCUUCCGCGUGCUGGGCGGCGACGCCGGCGCGCCAGCGGGCCCCUCCCCGCUGGACGUCUUCCACUACCCGAACGACCCCUCCGACGAGGCCGCGGCAGAGGUGGCCAACCUCGCGCCGCACGUCGACCCUGGCCUCGUCACGCUGAUACCCGUGGCCGCGUCGCCGGGGCUCGCGCUGCGUUCCCCGGGGCUGGGGCGGUGGUGCAAAGUCGAGGCCGACCUGGGGCUCGAGCCGCUGCGGCACGUGGUGGUUUUCCCCGGCGCAGCGCUGCAGGCGGAGGCGCCCGGGCCGGGCGUGCGCGCCACCGUCCACCUGGUGUACAAGAGUGCGGGCGCGGCUCGGACCUCCCUGGUCUUCGAGCUGCGCGAGCGCCCCCGCUGCCGAGCGAGGUGGGCGGGCUGCCUGGCGGCGGCGCAGCGCGUCCGCCGCGGGCGUGGGCCGUGGUGGCCCGGCAGCCGGGGGGCCGUGCAGCGCGGGCCCAGUCGUCGGCUCAGGCGCGCUCGCGAGUUGGCGCGGCCAUGCGGUGCCCUCAAGGCUGGUUCCCCUGGAGCCAGAUGUAUCGCAGAGCCGCGCUGCUCCUCCUCCGCCUCCUCCUCCUCCUCCUCGUUCUCAUCCUCAUCCUCAUCCUCAUCGUCCUCUCGACGUUUCCCAUGA